CUCUGCUAGUCUUCCAUCCAGCAGAUUCGUUACCGUUUUCAAGACUGAUAAUUAGCUUUCUUAAUGUCACCUGUGUUGCGAUAACCGCAGAGGAGGCGCUGCUCAAGGCUUGAUAAAACAAGAGAAGAGUGAUGUCAGAUAUCCUGGUUUGGCUGAGAAGGUGAUUGAACGGGAAUGGAGAGAAGAAGAAACACCAGACCCGGGGUUCUGCAGUGGACUCCCGCUCCGCUCUGGAUCUCACCCGCCACCUCUGUGACACCCGAGGAUUCCUGGGAAGAUGAAGAGGAAGAUCCAAAAGUGGAUGGUUUUGUUAAGCAGAUGGAUGAAAAUGGCAUCAUUGGGCUGUCACAGGCACUGGAAGACCUGAAACUAGAGGAAGCUUGUGGUCACAGCGGUCCUUCCACUACAGAGGAAGCAGUUCCUAGUGGAGGUGGUGGAUUAAAAGCCUGGACUGAGGAUUGGAUAGCGAGGCAGAGCGAGAAUGACCAUGGCAGGCAUUUCAUCAUGACGGAGGAAGAAGAUGAAGAUCACCAAGGGAGUAAAAUAACUAGAAAGAGAAAUGAAGUCCCUCACACAUCAGCAGAGCUUGAGGCUAGAGAAGGUUUGGCUAAUUGUAGGUUUGAUAGAAAUCCAUCUGAAAACUCCAACCCUGACCAUCUGGUAUCUGAGCCUACAGUUACUGCCUCCUUUUUGCCUCAUCUUUACCGUUUCCCUGAGGAGGAACUGACUGCCGCUCUGGGAAUUGAAGCAGAAACCUUCCCAGACAUGGGCUUCACAGAAACAGACUCUUAUUGCAGUCAAGCAAGUGUGAAAUCAAGUCCCCGGUGUCCGGUGAUGAAGCCCAGGGCUUCUCCUCUGCCCACAGAUGUAUUUUGUGAAGAAGUUGAGUUAAAGGAUAUUCCUAAAAGAGUUUUAGAAAAACAGAAAGCUGGACACUCCUCUGAAGCGACAUGUUCCCUUGGAGGAGCCAAGAAAGACUCUUUAAAACUCAAACAGCCGAGCAACAGUCCUGACAGAAAACAUCCUGCAGGAAUGAAUGCAUUCAGAGCAUCAACAAGUCGGCACACACCAGACUUCUCUAAGGUGGAACCCCGGGUUCAUUUCCCUAAACGUGUCUACAAUCCUCCAAGACGCAAGAGCUCAUUGACGAGGACCCCCCUGUCCCCUGAGCCCCCGAUUGUGUUUAAAUCCCCCGCCGACAUCGUUAAGGAAGUCCUGUUUAACGCGCCAACCGACGGGUCGUCCGCUUCCGCUGAUUCCAACGCACCAGCAGACGUUCCCAACUCCAUGGUCCCUCCAGAGUUCAUGUGUCCGCAACAGGCCAUGAUUCUGCUGCAGCAGCUUCAGGAAAACUACAAAAAGCUGCUGACCAAGAAUGCCGAGGCAGAGAACACCAUCGAUCGCCUCCGUCUGGAAGCCAAGGUGAACCUGUUCUCUGACCCUCCAAAGGCCGGUCACUUUGUGCAUUCUGGAACGAGUCAACAUGCUUCAAACCUCUUGAACCUUGAUUUUUCCCCAGCUCAGAGGGCCCAGAUCUGCUCUCAUGGACAAAGUAGUCAGCAGGAAAAAGCAAAUCCCUCCCCAUCAACAUCCAGGUUGGGACAACAGCUCUCCAACCUCCUCUUCAGUCAGUCUGAGAAGUUCCUCCAGCAGCUCCAAACCUUUGAUGAUCUUCUAAAGCGUGAUAAACUAACAUCUUUUGAAAAGUUAAAAGGUAUUUCUCAGCUUUCUGAGGGGCUGAACUCUUUAGAGAGGGGCUUCCUUCUGGCUCGGGAUGAACACAAACUCCUGCAGCAAAGAGGAGCAGAAACCUGCAACUUUGAUCCUGAACGGGAGCUGGAAGGUCUGGUCUUUCAGUGUGGACUGCGAAUGGAUGAGCUGAAGGAGCAGGUGGGGAACCUUCAGCAGGAGCCCCAAACUUCUGCUGCUUCUUUUCCUCCUUCACCUCCUCGAAGCGCCUCCUCACCUGAUCCACUGGAAGAAGGAGAAAUUACCCACCCCCAUUCACAGAGUAUAUCUGAGCCUUUCCAGAUUGAUCCUUCUCCUGCAGCUGAAGUAGAGGCUAGUUUAGCUAGUGAAAGGAGUGAUAGUGAUGAUGAUGAAGAAACUCUCAAGAUUAUCCACCAGAGACCUUUAAUUAGCAAAGUGGGAUGUGAUGAGCAGGAGCAAACUGAGCCACUGCAGCACGACCAAACAUCGAAUGAGCUUUCUAAACUUCUCAAGUCUCCAUCGUGCAUUUCUUUAAACAACCCUUCAAUACAUCAUGAGAACAAGGAACAUAGGAAAGGUCUGAGAAAUGGAAACGAUAAAGUCCUGGAAACUCAAACGCAGAGAAAAGUGGACUCAGACCACGACUCUCCACCUUAUCCAAGCAGUCAGCGUUGUUCUGUCACCAGACCUCCUCCCUCAUGCAGUCCGUCCUCUGCACGCAACAGAAGAAGGUUGGAGAGGAAAGCGUCUCCCAGCAGCAGCAUGAGCAGCCUAGCGGAUGUCGGAUCGGCAUGGAGGAACUCCAAAGUUCAAACAGGAGGCAGGAAAGCGCCGCCUCAGGAUCGGAUCAUCUCUCCAGAAACAGACAGUGGGUUUGUUGGUUCAGAAAGCAGCCGUCUGCCUCCUGCAGCAGUUCCCCUUCUUUCCCACCAGAGGGCAACAGAGAGUGUUUCUGCACCUCAGGACGGAAGCUCUAAGAGACAGCAGCCAGCAUCUCUGUCCCCAAGUCACUGGGAUCAGGAGCCCAUAGAUGACCCCACACUCGACUUCAAUCAGAGGAGGAGAAGCAGGCAGAGGAGGCGUAACCUCUCCUACUCUCCUAAAGGCUUCAUCAGUCAGAAAAAACAGGACAGAACGGACGAUAGAUCGAGUGAUCUUUGGAUAAGUGACUCAAGUACAACUAGAAGCAACGCCGCCUUGGCCUCUGAGGAGCAGCAGAGCGACCCCUUCACUGGAACUAUAGCCUCCCCACUCAGCUCCCACUCCACCUCUAGACCAGCUGCCAGCCGUCGCCAAGGUGACCCUCUCAGAGCACCAAACUCCAGCCAGGCAGGGAAUCACAAGGAUGUAUUAAAGACACUUCAGCAUGAAGUAGAUAGACUCAAGGAGAAACUGGAUAGCUCUCCGAGAAAAAAGGAGCCUCUCAGCGCUGUGACAGCAGCUCCUUCAGCUCAGAAGAGCUGCUCUCAUCACAACACCUCUUCACCCCUAAUCAGGGAAUGUUGGAGUGAUGUCAGUCUGGCGAGGAGAUCGACUCGAUCUAUCGACUCAAUCGAGCAGGAAUCUGUUUCCUGUAAACCAUCGAGAGCGACUACAUAUGCUUCCCCGAAACAACAGCAACAGGGCCAUGUCUUAAGGAGAUCAGAUGUGGAGCAGCAGGUGUCCAGAUGUACCCAAACAUCUGUAGCAGCUCACAGCCUCCCUACGGUCAAUGUGCGCAGCAGGAACACACAGACAUGGAUGUCUCCGGCUCCUAGUUCUUCUGAUGAACCUGAUGUCAGAGAUCAGAGUCUUCACUGUCUUCAGUGUUCGUCUGUCCUCAGAGGACCUGCUGAACAUUGUUACAGAAACCAUCCCUCCACUGACUUAAAUCGCCAGCCAACCGAAUCCUCUGACAGAGCCUCCAGUAGGAGAUACACUGCAGCUUCAGUUCCACCCCCAGCCCUGCAGUAUGUGCCUUGUUACCCACCCCAAUUUUUAUUGUGCCCCACUCCUGUGUAUACGUCUGACUUCAUGGACUCAGGACUGAUGAGACGCUCCAAAGAGAAGACUGGGCCGAGAAGACGUUCCCACUCUGACGGUCACCGUUCAGUGGAUGGCUCUCUGGACAGAGCCAUCAGAGCAGCUCAGAACAUGAAACAGACAUCCAGACACAUGGCUUUCUCUCUGGCUUCAGGUCUGCAGUACCAUAAGCUGCUCACUCAGUCCUGCAGCCAUUAGACUCCAGACACCAGAGAAGAGUAAACCCAGUAGUUCAGGUUAGUUCUGGGUGAGGCAGGACAGCAACUCGACCGCAGUGAAAAUAAAUCUUGCAGUUUAUAAUGUUACACUGAUUCAUACUCAGGAAAAACUUUUCUGUUGAUGUUUUGAAGUAGUUUUUUCUGCUCCUGAAAGGGAAUUUAUUUCAUGUUUACAUUAGACGAUUUGCUGCCAUACACUAAAAUGACUUGUUUUCUAAUAAUGAAGUAAUGUAGAUACUAUUUUAAUUUAUUUAUAGAAUAUAAAGAAAAAAUCCUAGUUUUUAUAAAUCCUGUUUGUGCUUUUAUAUAUUUAUUAGCUCUUUCUUGUAGAAAUCUGAAACUAACUUCACACAUAAUGUAUAAAAAAUGUUUUUAACACAGCCUGAUUCUGUAUCUUAUUUACACACUGCCUGCAGAGAUCCAUCUUAUUACAGAAUACCAGAGCAACAUUAAUUCAUGUUAUCAAGGUUAUGUGACCAUUAUUUCUUGGACAUAUUGACUGACGACUUGUCCACAUCUACACCGACCAGCAGAUGAUGACGCUGGCUGAGCCAGUUUAAAUGGUUCUUUGAGUUAAGUCAAAACAAAAAGCUAAACUAGACAAACUGUACUAACUCAACUUUCUGUGUAUAUAAUGGGGCAUUUCAGUAGUUUUCAUUUUUGUCUAGAACAGUUUUUUUUUUGUGUGUGUGGGUGUAUGUUAAGAGUUUAAAGUGAAAAAGGAUUAUUCUGUUUUGGGAAAAAGUGUCGGGCUCAGUAAAUUAGAUGAAGAUGAUUUAAUCAUCAAUUCAAUUCUUCUAACAGAUUCUUUUUUGGAUUUAGGUUUAGACUGAUGAUGCCUUUUUUUUUUUUUUUUACCUAAACCAUCUU